AUGACCUACGCGCCCUCGUCCGGCCUGAUCUUCCUCUUUGGCGGGUACGACCAGUUCUACAUGAACGACCUGUGGACGUUGUCGCUGGGCAGGACCGACUUUCCCUCCCUCACCGACAUCACCAUCAAGGCCGUGAAGAAGCAGCACGGCGCCAAGACCGACGAACUGCCCAUACCCGAGGACCUCAAGCAUCGCCUCCGUUACGCCGACAUCGGAAAACAGAUGGAGUGGCGCGAAGAAUGCUUGGGGGCAGCUCACGCCACGCAGAACCCCUCGCUCCCUCUUCGGACGACAGCGGGCAUCUGCGUGGUGGACCGCGCGCUGUACAUGUUUGGCGGGAGUCAGGGCAGCCCCGACAACAGCGACAUCUACAAAUACGACCUCGGCGAGGGAGCCGCGCGUCAAUGGUCGAAGCUGGAGGUUAGCGGUGCCACGCCCAAGCCCUCCAAUUACUCCAAACUGGCCGUCUGGGGCACCCACAUUGUGGCGAUCAACGACGAGAACAUGAAGGACACCCCACAAGACACUGAUUCCUUCCACAUCUUUGAUACGAAAUGGCGGGGUUACAAAUGCUCGGCCGCGCUACAGGCCUUCGAGAAUGUGUCCGUUGGCAUUGCGUUCGGCCACCUCUGCUUUGUGAGCCCCGAUGCCACGAAGCUGUUCUACAUGGCCCUGGACGACCUGGCCGCGACGACGGAGAGGCCUGCGGGGAGCGAGCGGCUCGAGUGGAAGGCGCUGGACCUCGAGCGGGGAGACCCGGCCAUGAACCCUACCGUCACCUGCUGGGCGGGGCCAUAUCUGUUCGGCGCGUCGGACGACCGCCUUGGCGUGCUGGUCAUCGAUCUCGCCAAGGGUAGUGGCAGGUGGCAGCCGAUAACGCUGGUGGGAGAACCGCUGAAGAUCGCCGACUCGGGGGCUACGAUGUGCGGCUCGCCCUCGCGCCUGGUCGUGUUCGGCGGCUACAGCGCCAAUACCGGUUACUCGCAAGCGACGACUGUACUCGAUGUGACCGACCUGGAGGUAGCCCAGGUCAUCAACCUGUGA